GGAUGAGAUAAAUUUCUUAUGAUUUUUUUACAUGCCUUACAGAUAUUGAUAGUAAGCCACACAACAAAAACAGUAGUUAAUCCUUAUCAGUCUCUAAUAUACAUACAGCUGACACAAACAGGAAAUUAUAAUAAAUUGCAUUUGAAUCAAAAGAAUAUUUAGUAUAGGAAGAAGAAGAAGAAAAAGAAUAUAUCAUACUUUAAAAUAAUAUUCGAAAACAAUUAUCUGAACAACUGAAUAUUGAAAUAUUAGGUAGGCAUCUAGUAAAUUUAUAGCAAAGUUUGAUUUUUCAAAUUUGGAUAAUUAAAUAAAAUUGAUAUUUCAAUGGAUUAUGGUAGUGUUUUACAGAACAAGUAGUGAAAUGUAUGAAUGGAAAAUAUUUAAGGUAACGUAUAACUUAUAAUUUAAGGAAAUUUGCAUCAGAGAAGAUAAAGGAAGGGAUUUAAAAUAUAGGAUUGGUUUGAAAAAUGUUGUAAGAAUGACAAAAUUGGAAUUUGAACUCACCAAAUAAUUAAUUUUACAAAAAUAGUUUAUAGAAUUAAAAAAUCAAAAUAACAAAGAUAUUAGUAAAUUUAUCUGUUAAAUUUAUGAUAUAAUAUAAAUCAUAAUAAGAACGUUUGAAGCUGGUUAAAAAGUUAUUAAAAUUGAAGAAGAACUCAUUAAAGUAAAAUUGGUGAUAUUUUUAGAGAUAAAUUUCAGAAGAAUAAUAGAAACAGUCCGAAAAAUGA